CGCAUUGAACUGUGUGGCAACCAUUGCAAGGUGCGCUGCACGUGUUUCAAAUUCGCGUGUGUUGCUUGUUCAUUCCCGGGUCUGAGCUCUGAAAUUAAUUCGAAAGCAGUUAAAAGUAGCUCGAAAGAAAUAACAGUAUCCGAAUACAGUUGACCGGCUACCAAGGCAAUGGAGGUAAAUGCCAUCAAGCUACGAUUUUGUGCACAGCGACUUCUGCAGUUGACUGCCAACGAGCCCCAAGACAAUUUGUUUGUUCAAAAUGUACAGAAGUUCAUCAGAAAGAAGUCUCAGCGAGCAACUUGCGUGUCCGGCCUACACCGUUCCCUUGGCAGUGAGCUUUGAGGAGCAACUGUUGCUGCUCCUUAGCAUGGCCCUGCGAUGGGACUCGGCUGGAGACGAUAUCCAUCAAUAUCAUAAGGAGUGCAUCGCCCUGUCAAAGCUAAUGGACAUCUCUGUGGAUGCGCAGAGGUUUGCAAAGUGCUACUUCCACAACAAGCCAGCACCGUUCGAGAAAAGCCAAAGUAAUUCCAGCAGUGUCCCCAGCAAAAGGGCAAAGAACGCAAAGGCCAGCCAAAAGUUAGAUGAACUGGAGCUCUUGAAAUGUUGCUACCAGUUGCUGCGAAGUGACACGUCCUACUUCCGUGAGUUGUGGGACUGGUCCGGUUUCAUUGCCACCUACUCGCACCUCGAGACCCCCAGCCCGAUGAUACAACUCUACUGCAACUACAUCAUGACCAUGCUCACGAAUAUGAGCCCAACACAGCGGAAUGCCCAAAAUGCCAAGAUAUCCACAGAAGCACAGCUCCGAUUUGAACGCGAGAAGGAGCAGUCAUGGGCCGUAGCCAGGCAGGACGAGGGCUGCUGCUAUUCUCCCGAAGACGAAACGCCUGAACAGAUGCUGAGCCUGAGCCUCAACCAGAGUGUGACCAACAUUGAGGGCGUACUCUUGCCGACAUUCAACAAGAAGAAUCAGGAAUUCUAUGCAAGCACUGACGGCUGCUACGAUCGCAUUGUAAAGGUGGAUUCGACGGUUGUAAAUCUGCGGAGCAUUGCCCUCGGCGUCGCAGCGGCCAAGCCGAUUUGCCUCUCCGGUCCUGUGGGCUGUGGCAAGACGACGCUUAUUGAGUAUCUGGCCCGCAAGACGGGACGCAUUUGCCCCAAGCCCAAGGAGAUUGACACUCGCGAAAAGGCGCUGCGGAAGGCUGAAGAGGAGGACAAAUUGUUGACACCAAAAAAAGGAAAAAAGGGGAAAGAAAAGAAGCGGAAACUGGAGGAGGACCUUCCCAUCGACCAGGCAUUGCUGGAUCUGGGUGAAAUGUCGCAAAAGCAUGGCUUUCUACGGAUACAGCUGGGCGACCAGACCGACAGCAAAAUGUUAUUGGGCCAAUAUCGCUGCACAGAUGUGCCUGGGGAAUUCGUUUGGCUUCCUGGUGUCCUCACGCAGGAUGUCAUGCAUGGCUACUGGCUGUUGCUGGAGGAUCUGGAUGCCGCCACCCAAGACACCUACACAAUUCUGAGCAGUUUGCUGGAGAGGCCGUGCCUGAGCGUUCCCGGCUUUCGCGACUCUGUGAAGAUUGAGCCAGGCUUUCAAUUGUUUGUCACAGUGCGAGCUACAAAUCGGCCAGCAAUUCGGGACAGAAAUCGCUCUAUUCGCUGCUGGAUAAAUAUCUGUAUACGAUCAACGUUUUGCCGCUUUCCCGCAACGAGCUGUGCAAGGUGGCUGUUGCUGGAGGAUCUGGAUGCCGCCACCCAAGAAACCUACACAAUUCUGAACAGUUUGCUGGAGAGGCAGUGCCUGAGCGUUCCCGGCUUUCGCGACUCUGUGAAGAUUGAGCCAGGCUUUCAAUUGUUUGUCACAGUGCGGACCAACAAAUCGGCCAGAAAUUCGGGACAGAAAUCGCUCUAUUCGCUGCUGGAUAAAUAUCUGUAUACGAUCAACGUUUUGCCGCUUUCCCGCAACGAGCUGUGCAAGGUGGUCAGCACCAACUAUCCCAAGCUGGCGACCGUCGCCAAUCGAGUGGUGGACGUGUUCCUUACCUUCUCCAGUGGCAAUCACAUGGCCGCCGACAAUCUGCGUCAGCAGGAUUCGAACGACAAGGCGGACAACACGGAGAAGUACGUGGCGCUGCCCUUUAAGCAGGCCACACUCUCAUCCAGUCCGAACUCGGGCCGCCUGGUCUCAACCCGGGAUCUGGUCAAGCUGUGCCAGCGUUCGAAUGUCCAGUUCUCGGUGACCAGCGCCGAGUGUGCCUACUUUAUGUUCCAGAAUGCCGUCGAUGUAUUCUGUUCGUAUCUGCCGCAUAGUAGGGAGAAGAUCACGCUGAUCACGAGCAUCGGCGCCAAGUUGGGCAUCAUUCGCUCCAGAUGCGAGCAUUUCGCUAAUGAAUACAAACCGGAUGUGGAUUUUGGACUGGAGAUUAUCAAGAUCGGACGUGCCAGUCUCCUGGCCAAGUCCGAGCUGCUGUCCAAUAAUGAGAAUGGGGAGCAGCUCUCAGAGCAAGACCUGAAGCGACAGAAACUAACCGAGCAGACCAGGAGGGCCAUCGGCCAGACCAGCGUCAAGCGUGCCACCUUCUCGUUUACACGUCUCGCCAGCUGCAUCUUGGAACGGAUUGCCGUCUGUGUGAGCCACUCGGAGCCCGUGCUGCUGGUGGGGGAGACGGGUGUGGGCAAGACCUCCUCCGUGCAGUAUCUGGCCGAGCGCACCGAACACAAGCUGGUCGUCGCGAACUUGAACAACCAGUCGGAUGUCUCGGAUCUCGUGGGCGGAUUCAAGCCCGUCGAACUCAACUACGUGCACUUGCUCUGCGAGACCUUCAAUGCCGAGAAGAACAUGCAGUUCCUCCGGAUCUUUGCCACGCAUUACAACAGCGGCCGGCACAGUGUCAUCAUACGCACUAUGAUCAGCCUGUGCUAUCAGGUGUUCAGGAACACGGAUCUAACGAGCCACCAGAUGGUGCCGCGUUGGCGCACGCUUUGCGAGAAGCUGCAGAAGCUGCAGACACAGCUGGACAAGAGCAUUAACAUUUCGUUUGCCUUCAUACCCGGUUCCAUGGUGAACUGCAUCAGCAAAGGCGAAUGGGUGCUGCUGGACGAGAUCAAUUUGGCAUCGGCCGAGACCCUGGAAUGCCUGUCGACCAUCCUAGAGCCAGAGGGAUCGGUUGUGCUGCUGGAGCGGGGCGAUUUCGUGCCCGUCAAGCGGCAUCCGGACUUUCGCAUCUUCGCCUGCAUGAACGCCAACACGGACAUUGGCAAGAAGGAUCUGUCCGUGGGCAUACGCAAUCGAUUUACCGAAUUCUUUGUGGACGAACUGACGACGGACGCGUACCUCAGUCUGCUGGUGAGUGACUAUUUGGCCAACACGGGCAUCCAGCGGAAGUCCGUGCACAGCAUUGUCCAGCUCUACAAGUCACUGCUUCGCCUCUCCGAGCACCAGCUGAACGAUGGCCUGUGCAAUCGUCCCGUCUACUCUUUGCGCACCCUGUGCCGCAGUCUGCGCAUCUGUGCUCGGAAUCUGUGCGGCUCCAUUGAGCGGAAUCUGUACGAGAGCUUCUGCCUGAGUUUUCUCACCCAGCCGGAGUCGCAUCAUGUGGUGCUGCUGCUAAUUCGGAAUGCCCUGCUGAGCAAUGCCAAGGCCGUGCUUAGCAAGCAGCUGCCCCGAUUGGGAGAGAACUAUCUACAGUUCGAGGACUACUGGAUACAGCUGGGGGGCCUGGAGCAGCAGUCCUGCUCCCACUACAUCCUCACGGAGAGCGUCCAAAAGAAUCUGCAAGAUCUCACGCGCAUCAUAUCGAUUGGCAAGCUGCCCAUCCUGCUCCAGGGACCCACCAGUGCCGGCAAGACUAGUCUUAUCGACUACGUGGCCCGCCGAAGUGGCAAUCGCUGUCUGCGCAUCAACAACCACGAGCAUACCGACCUUCAGGAGUACAUUGGCACCUAUGCGGCCGAUCUGGAGGGCAAGCUCACUUUCCAGGAGGGUGUCCUCGUGCAGGCCAUGCGUCAGGGUUACUGGAUCAUCUUGGACGAACUGAAUCUGGCCUCCACCGACAUUCUGGAAGCGCUCAAUCGCGUGCUGGACGACAAUCGAGAGCUUUACAUUGCCGAGACGCAGACACUAGUGAAAGCACAUCCGAAUUUUAUCAAUCGCUAUAAAGAAAUUUACCGGUCUAGUACACGGCUGCAUAGCACAGUUAGUCUAGUCGCAGCAGGCAGUUGCCGAGUCGAAAAAUAUAUUUGCUUCAGAUUGUAGUACUGACUAAACAUGAUUAAAAUGCGGUGUCUGGCAGCUGCCAUGCUAAUUUUCGGCUACAUUGCCACUACAUC